CACACACAGAUGACAAGUUGGGGCUUGUCUGCUGCUCAGAGAAGGCCAAUGUUCUGAACUUCCUUAGUCUGCAGAGCAGCAGGUUGACUGCUCUGAGCCGUGCUGCACCUCUCCACUGCUGCAAGGCGGGCAUUAGAUAAGAGACAUACAGAGGAUUCUUGGAUCAGAAGACCCUCAAUCUGGCUCUUGUACUCACCACAAACACUCAAGUGACAGACACUGGUGCCCGUUCCUGCUCUCUUCCUGUGUGGAGUUCACCAUGGCAACCAAGCCUCAGGGUAACCUGGGAAAGCCAAGGUUUGGUCCCAGUGACCACCUGAUCACUAUGUUCAGGGCGUGCUCCAGAGAUCCAACUGAGGCCAUUGAAGCCAGACUGAAAUGUAUGCUGCUCACUUUUCUGCAACACUUGAGGGACAAUGCAGGAAAUGAGAAGACCAACGAGCUGGCAACAAAGUGCUGCUGUGAAGCCAGGAUCUGGUAUUACAGGAUCCUAGAGAACCACGCCAGUCAAGAGAGGAAAAGGUUGGGGAUCAGUGACAUCUCAUUCAUCUUAGAGAAUGAUCUUCUCCAGCGCUGCCUGGUGGCCUGUUGUCUGGAGAUUACCAUAUCCUCAAAUUGUCUACCAUGUGACUUCCCUCUGGUCCUUCAGGUCUUCAAACUGGCACCAUUCCACUUCUAUAAGGUGAUUGAGCCGGUGGUGCGGGCUGAAGCGGGCCUGCCUCGCACUGUGGUCAGACACCUCGCUCAAGUGGAAGAACAAGUUCUGGAGAGCUUGGCCUGGACCAGCGACUCACCGCUGUGGGAAGAAAUCAGAGCCAAUGAGGGCCAUAUGCCGACCUGCCAACAGGUGACGCCUCCUACGUGGCUUGAAGAUCCAAAGAGAACAGACUUGCAACAAGUCAGAAAUCUGCCAGGAGAGGGUCUCAGAGCUGAACUAUCUGCUGGCACUGACCAACAGCAUUCCCCAUCAGCUGGAAACAGGCCUCGGAGAAACAACUCCCUCCACCUGUUUGCUCGCAAGGUUUACAGCUUGAUGGGCAAGCGUCUGAGGGAGCUGUGUUCCACACUGGACAUUUCUGAUGAGCUGCGGUUGAAGAUCUGGACCUGUUUUGAGCACUCAUUGGUCCACUGCACUGACCUCAUGGUAGACCGUCACCUGGACCAACUGCUCAUGUGCGCCAUUUACAUCAUGGCUAAGAUAACCAAGGUGGAGAUACCCUUCAAAUACAUAAUGAAGUGCUACAAAUCUCAGCCACUUGCCUCAAAAAGUGUCUGCAAAAAUGUGCUGAUUUCCGGAAAAGAGAAAAAGUCUCUCACUGAAAACAACAGUAAGAAACCCUUGAAUAAUGGAGACAACAACGACAGUAUCCCGACCCCCAACACACCAUCAACACAUUAUCCAGGACCUGAUCAGGAGGAGAGGGGCAAUCUUAUUUACUUUUACAACCAGGUCUACUCAACAAGGAUGCAGUCCUUUGCCAAGCAGUUUGCCCUGACCCCUGGAGGAGACACUCCUCCUUUGUCUCCUUACCCCCGACAGUGGAAAGCGUCUCCUCGCAGACAGAGGCUGUCCAGCAGCCACUCCAUCUACAUUUCACCAUACAACACAGGGACCCCUCCACCACGCACACACGGACUCUGCUACUACUUCAACUCCAGCCCCUCAGAGUGUCUGCGUGAGAUGAAUAACAUGAUUAAGACGGGCAGGUCACCCAACAAGCGAUCCCGUGCGGUGUCGUUGGAUAGAGAAAAGGAGGAGGAAGAAGAUGGUCCUUCGGCUAAGAGGCUUCGUUCGGUCGGUCUGUCGGCCUGGCAUAGGCGACUAAGGAAUGUGGAGAACGAUCGCCUGACAAGACGGGACCGGGACCAGCCAUCUUCAGUUACGAAGCCUAACCAGCACUAGAGCAGAGAGGAGCGUGUAGUCACACUCUGCUCCUGUUUCUGACACUGUAACAACAAUGUCAGGUGUUAGAGGGAAAGCACAGGGCAGCUUUGUCUUCCUUUACAGGUAUUUUAUAAGAAUCCCUUUGGGCCACAUUCAUUGUCAGCUCUAAAGUGUUGUCUGCAGUCUCAGCUAUGCGUUUCUGCUGUUUUGCUCUGCACUAUCUCAGACACCUACUGUCUGUCCUUGUACGAGGCAGUUAACCCUCAGCUCAGUAGCCAAUGGUAGAAGAUUGUAGUCGUCCUGGGCAGCUCCCCAGUGGAAGUGUAUGAUGUUGUAUGAAUAUGAAGUAGGUCAUGGCUGUGAAGUGCUAAGUUGACAUUCCUUGGAUAAAUAAAGGUUAGACUGAGAAAGGAUGUUACCAACUGCAGUUAAAACUGUGGGAUAAGGACAUGUCAGGCUUCAACAUGGCCUUCGUGAAUACCUGAUAUCUAAUUGACUAGAUUCUGAUUAACUGAGGGAUGAUACUAAGUGUUCAUGUAAAGCUAUUUUAAUGUGUUUUCCUUUGUUUUAUCCUGUAAUGAUGCUUUCUUAAAUAUAUUUAAAAUUUUAAAAGACAAGCUAAGUGUUUAAAACAUAGUGAAACAGUGAUUUUUAUUUACCACUUCACACGAAUGAAGGCAAAGUGCAGACGUUACAGAAACAUGACAGAUUUGAGAAACAACUGUGUGAAUACUUUCAGAUCAUCGACUCCAGCCAUUAUUGAUUGCAACCUAAAAAUCAGUUAUUCAACAUGAUGUUAAUCAGCAAAAUUGCAUACAUUUAUCUCAUAUAUUCUGUUUCUAACAUAUUUUUUUUGUUAAAAUAAGACAAUUAAUUAUUUAUAAGAUGAGUUUCUGUCAUAUGUCCUGAAGCCAAAGGGUCUGUAAAUGUUCUUAAAAGAUGUUAAAUCGAAACACAAUUAUUUUAUAGUGUCACCAUAAAGUCUAGUUUUUGGAAAGCAGUGUUAAAUAAACAUACAUUUGAUUAAACUGUA